CACUGACAAAGACAGAGAAAUCACAAUUCACAAUGUGCGCACGGUUUGAAAAUAAACAAACUUUUUAAAUCUAUUAAUUAUUAAUAUAAUAAUAAAGCGUUAGAAUUGAUUAAUGGCGUUAUAAAUGUUUAUAAUACUAGUAUAACAUUAGUGAAAUGCCGCCAAAACAAACAAAAAAAACACUGUGGGUCGAAUGCGAAACUUGUCACUGCAGCAUUCUAACCAAUGAUAAAAAUGUACACAUAGAUUUAAACUGUUCAAAGGAGCAAGUAAAAUGCCCUUACGUUGAAAGCGAGACGUUGUUUACGUGGCUAGAGCGAGCCAGUGCGCCACCAGAUAACGUGCCAAGGGAUGCGGUGCUGGUCCACCCGUCGGCGGGGGCUCUCAUCGGUGCAGUGAUCGGGAAACCGUUGGAGCUGAAAAGAGACGGCGCUCCGACGCUGUUGAAACGCAUGUGGCCGUCCAGAGCCUCUGCUCCUGCCGCUGUCAUAUUACCGGCUGCAGAUCUUAUUGGUGCUUGGUGUAGUGACAGUAAACAUGUGAGUGUAACCAGUCUGAAGGGUGUGGUACCACCAGCGUCGUUUGUUACUGUUAAAGUAAGAAACCAUAAAAAAGAUACAGAUAUCAGUGAUAUUUUAAAAGAGAGAUUUCUAAAUCAUUAUGUGAACACAGGAACUGUGUUUGUUUAUUAUUAUUUUGGAAGAAAACUACAAAUUGAAUUUAUCAAUAUUAAAAGUGCAGAAACAUCGGAACAUUUUAAUGGUUCAUGGUAUGUUUUAAGUGAAAACACAGUUUGGAACAUUGAAAAGAAUGUUGACAAAAAAGUAGACAAGAAACCUGUAAUCUUAGGUGGUGUUGAUGAUAUAGUGGAUGAAAUAAAAACACUAAUCAACAUUUCUUUCGACACGCAAGGGUUGGCAGCUAAUUUUCAACCCACUAGGGGUCUUUUAUUGCAUGGACACUCAGGGAUUGGUAAAACGGCUAUUUGUAAACAUCUAAUAGACAAUUGUUAUCAUAUUGAAAUCAAUGGGCCAACAAUAUUCAGCAAAUAUUUUGGUGAGACUGAAUCUACAAUGAGAGGUUUAUUCGCUAAGGCUGUUAUGCAUGAACCGAGUAUUAUUCUGGUAGAUGAAAUAGAAACCAUUUGCCCGCGACGUUCUGCUGGCAGCACAGAACAGGAAAGGCGCGUAACCUCCGCAUUCGUUUCUCUAUUAGAUAAUUUACACCAAGAAUCUAACAAGGUUUUUGUUUUGGCGACGACUAGAAAACCUGACGCGAUAGAUCCGAUGUUGAGGCGGUUCGGACGUUUAGAUAAAGAGAUAGAAGUACCAGUGCCUGAUAGAAUAAGGAGAAGGGAAAUUUUGUACGCUCUACUAAAAAAUCUUCCUAACAAGGUGGCAUCUAUUGAUGUGGAAUCAAUAGCAGAUCUCGCUCAUGGGUAUGUUGCUGCAGAUUUAGUGAACUUGUGCACCCAGGCCUCGCUUAAAUGUCUAAAACGCAACAGCCCUGUAAUAGAAAAGGAAGAUUUAAUGAUUGCACUGACGCUCGUGAGACCGAGUGCCAUGCGAGAGUUGCUCAUAGAAGUACCGAACGUCAGGUGGUCUGAUAUAGGAGGGCAAGACAAUUUGAAGUUGAAAUUACGUCAGGCGGUAGAGUGGCCGCUGAAACAUUCGGAAAGUUUCCGCAGAUUAGGAGUAAGACCGCCUUCAGGCGUCCUGCUGUACGGACCACCGGGAUGUUCGAAAACAAUGAUCGCGAAGGCAUUAGCUACCGAGAGUGGGUUAAAUUUUUUGUCAAUAAAGGGUCCGGAACUGUUCUCGAAAUUUGUCGGAGAGUCUGAACGCGCAGUUAGAGACCUUUUCACGAAAGCACGACAAGUUGCACCGUCUAUAAUAUUCUUUGACGAAAUGGACGCGAUCGGCGGCGAAAGAGGCGCCGGCGAAGCGAGUGUACACGAAAGAGUGCUGGCACAACUUCUCACAGAACUAGAUGGAGUUGUUCCUUUAAAUUCAGUAACAAUAGUAGCAGCGACGAACCGACCGGACAGAAUGGACCGAGCAUUACUCCGUCCCGGAAGACUCGACCGACUGAUUUACGUGCCUUUGCCUGACUUUGAAACGCGAUUGCAAGUAAUCGAGCUAAAGUUAAAUAAGAUGAGUGUUUGCGAUGAUGUCAAUUCGCAUAGCCUAGCGUCGAGGACGGGAGGUUUCUCUGGUGCUGAAUUGGAGGCGCUUUGCCACGAAGCGGCUUUGCGCGCUUUAGAGAAGGAUCUGGAUUGUCGGGAAGUAACGAUGGAACAUUUUGAACACAUAUUAAAAGACUUCAAACCUAGAACAUCACAGUCCAUGUUGAAGGUUUAUGAAGAGUUUGCAUUGGGACAAAGGUCGAGCUAAUAUGGAACAUGUACCUAACGACAACCAGAAAAUAAUUGUUCAUUUCAACAAUUUCUAGUGUAUUAUACAAUUAUGGCCUUGGAA